AUGGAAGCCGCUCCCCGAGUCUCCGCCGACCAGGCCCUCGCCCGGCUCGGCUACAAGGCCGAGCUCCCGCGCAACCUGUCCAUGAUGUCCAUCCUCGGUCUCUCCUUCGCCAUCAUGGCCGUCCCCUUCGGCCUCAGCACAACCAUGUACAUCACCCUGACCAACGGCCAGGCCGUCACCGUCCUCUGGGGCUGGGUCCUCGUCUCCCUCAUCUCCCUCUGCAUCGCCGCCUCCCUCGCCGAGAUCUGCGCCGUCUACCCCACCGCCGGCGGCGUCUACUACUGGUCCGCCAUGCUCGCGCCCGCCGGCUGGGCGCCCCUCGUCAGCUUCGUCGACGGCUGGCUCACCCUCGUCGGCAACUGGACCGUCACCCUGAGCAUCAACUUCAGCGGCGCCCAGCUGAUCCUGAGCGCCAUCUCCAUCUUCAACGAGGACUUCGUCGCCAACGCCUGGCAGACCGUGCUGUGCUUCUGGGCCGUCAUGCUGGUCUGCGCCAGUGUCAAUGCCUUUGGCUCGCGGUACCUGGAUCUCAUCAACAAGGUCUGCAUCUACUGGACCGGCGCCUCCGUCCUGAUCAUCAUGAUCACCAUCCUCGCCAUGGCGCCGACCAAGCGAUCCGCCGAGUUCGUCUUCACCCACUACGACUCCUCGUCGAGCGGCUGGCCCUCUGGCUGGUCGUUCUUCAUCGGUCUCCUUCAGGCCGCCUACACCCUCACCGGUUACGGCAUGGUCGCCUCCAUGUGCGAGGAGGUCCAGAACCCCGAGCGCGAGGUGCCCCGCGCCAUCGUCCUGUCCGUCGCCGCCGCCGGCGUCACCGGCAUCAUCUACCUCAUCCCCAUCCUCUUCGUCCUGCCCGACGUCCAGACGCUCCUCAGCGUCGCCAACUCGCAGCCCAUCGGCCUGCUCUUCAAGACCGUCACCGGCUCCGCCGCCGGCGGCUUCGGCCUGCUCUUCCUCAUCCUCGGCAUCUUCAUGUUCGCCGGCAUCGGCGCCCUCACCGCCGCCUCGCGCUGCACCUACGCCUUCGCCCGCGACGGCGCCAUCCCCGGCCACAACCUCUGGGCCCGCGUCAACGACAAGCUCGACAUGCCCCUCUGGGCCCUCGGCCUGUCCACCGCCGUCGACUGCAUCCUCGGCUGCAUCUACUUCGGCUCCAGCGCCGCCUUCAACUCCUUCACCGGCGUCGCCACCAUCUGCCUCUCCACGAGCUACGGCGUCCCCGUCCUGGUGAACCUGCUGCAGCGCCGCCGCGCCGUCGCCGCCUCCCCCUACCCGCUCGGCCGCUUCGGCACCGCCAUCAACGUCAUCUGCAUCGUCUGGAUCUGCUUCUCCGUCGUCAUCUUCUGCAUGCCCGUCAGCCUGCCCGUCAACGCCUCCAGCAUGAACUACGCCUCCGUCGUCUUCGCCGGCUUCGCCGCCAUCGCCGUCACCUGGUACCUCGCCUACGCCCGCAAGAACUUCCACGGGCCCCCCGUCGCCAAGGAGGAGUUCCAGCCCGGCCCGGACGGCGUCAUGGAGGGCGAGGUCCCCGUGGCCGCGGAUUCCGAGACGACGGCCAGUACGGAGAAGAAGUGA